GUCGCGGUUAAGUUCACAUGAUGGUAUGGCAUUUGGAUUUGGAUUGCUGUCUGAAGGUUCUGAGCUGGCAAAGGCGUAAUCAGCCGUAAUAGAGGAUUAGAUCCCAUUGAGCUUUCAGUGGAUUAUCUCGUAGUUCAUACUUUGCGCGUAAUGGGGCGGAAAAACUAAAAUCGCUUUAACGAGAACGGUGGAGGGAAGAAUAUCGUAUACUGUGAAUGGUGAAAAGGGCGGCCAGGAGUUCUCCAUCGAUCACAAAGAAUCUCAGUGCUAUAUUCUCCUACGACCAUAUGAUAAUUGAAAAGAAAAGCCAAGUCUGUGUUCGUGUUUACCUACCGAAAGAAAAGUGUAUAAAUCUUAGCGAUAAGGAGUAGGAUUACGAUAUAGAAGGCUUCGAUUUAAUUAGCGUGAAGGUGUGGAAAAAAUAGUGCAGUAGAAUCAAGUGGGAAGAUAAGAGCUCAGGUGGUAAAAUAGUUUACAUUAUCAAGCGGAUUAGUGGGAAAUAAGCAGCCAGCAGAUUACCAACAAGCAAGGAAAAAAGACCCAAGGCUGGGAAAAUCUCAACGCCCCCCACUCUCGUGUUUCUUGUUACGUAGUGACACGCAAACCGCACACACCAAUGUGCAGUUCGGGCAACGACGCCUAGGUGCUUCAAUCAACUGUAUGGAUGUGUGUGUGUGGAUAGAAGGAUCUUCUUCUAUUACACAUAGCCCUCUUUACAGGCUCCCUCGCUCGCGCUUUCCUUCGGUAUCCUGCCCGCAGCCCGCCUAUCUCCGGUCGCAUUGAUAUUUCCACGUGUUUGUGGGCUGUUGUGUCGUGCCGGAGCUGUGAAGCUUGGUCGUCAUCAGUGCCAUAGGAAUAAAGCAUUGAUUGAAAGCACUGUUUCUCAUCGCGCUCGCUGCCUUCACAUUUGGAUCAGUCUCUUUUGGGUUACACCGAACAACUGUAUAGCGACACGAUAACGAUAUAUCCGAAAAGUGGACCCUUACAAGGCUCUUGAGCAUUGAAUCAUAGUGUGGCAUCCGAGGAAAAGCGAAACCAGACAGAGAUAAACUGUAUUCAUCAGCCAAUCAAUAUCAACAACCGUCAAUUCUCCAUCACAAGAACCACCAACACCUAAAUGCUCAAACCUUCAGUUGUCGAACCGCAGAAUUCGCUUCUGCUUGCCGGAAUCUCAAUCAACGCGUAACAACCAUCGUAACCACCGAAUGCCUACAUAGAGCCCAACGAACACAGAGUAACAAGAAUUGAAGAAUAACUUUUUGAACCCAUUAAACAAGCUUCCUCAUGUAGAAAGUUAACACAUUCGCCUACGCUCAUUUCAUACAGAAAUCAAGCAGCACCCAGAUAAUGCAAUCCUGCACAUGCACCGGCAGUAGCAGUGCAACCCUUUUCAUCGAAAAACUCAAUUAAACUCACCGGAAACAAACAGGAAUCGGUUGUUGGUGAGGGUGUUGGCAGCAAUAGUAGUUAGUUCUGACGGCAGAAACAGAGGGGCGAUCUAGUCAAUGCGAAAAUGGCAACCCCACCGGACAGCCCCAUCGAGGAGGUCGUGUAUGAGUUGGAACCAACUCGGGCGCCCAAGCCCAUCCCAGUGGCGCUAGAGGACCUCUGUAGGUUAACUAAGUUUACCCGCCAGGAGAUACGAGUCAUGUAUCGCGGCUUCAAAACGGAAUGUCCCGAUGGUGUGGUGCACGAGGAUAGCUUUAAGGACAUUUAUGCAAAAUUUUUCCCUCAUGGAAAUUCCAGCCUUUAUGCACACUAUGUGUUCAAAGCGUUUGAUGUUAAUUGUAAUGGAUCCAUUACUUUUCGGGAUCUUCUAGUAACUCUAUCAACACUGCUACGAGGCUCCGUAUACGAACGGUUACGAUGGACGUUCCGUCUGUACGACAUUAAUAAUGACGGCUGCAUCAGCCGAGCGGAGCUAGGCGAGAUCGUGAUGGCAGUACACGAGCUGAUGGGCCGGAGGCCCAACCACCCAGAGGACGAAGUAAAAGCACGGGAACAGGUGGACUGCGUUUUUCGGAAGCUGGACCUGAAUCAGGAUGGAAUCAUAACGAUGGAAGAGUUUCUGGAGGCCUGUCUCAAGGACGAUGUGGUUACAAAAUCUCUGCAAAUGUUCGACACCUGCCUUUGAUGACCGUCCUCCGACAGCGUGUUUGCUGCACCGAAGAAGGACUUGGACCGUUUUUCUUUGAUUCAUUUGUAGGCAGGAAAAUACUCAAGAUGAGAUUAGGUGCAUCAAGCAGAAUUAAGCAUAACAUUUACCGUGCUCGCUCAAAAAUGCAUUAUGACCUCGAUUCACUGAUACGUAUCUAUUUCGUUCACACACUUUGUUUUUCAAUAAUCAACCCAAAACAAAUGAUUAUACAAAAAUAUAAUUUUGAAAUUUCAUAUCAUGUUCCAUACAAAUCAAAGCAAUAUUAUGUUAUAAAUGAAUAAUAUAAUAUUGUAAAUAAAAUAACCGUAAAUAAUUUGGUAAGUUGUUUUGUGAUACAAUCCUUUUAAUGCUUUAUCAUGACAACAUUAAGAAUAGUGAAUAAAGUAUUAUAAAUGCCAUGUAACAGAUAACAGAAAAUGCAUAAAACUUAACAGACAUAACAAUAGAACUAGGAACAGUUGAAAAUUUUAGUCUAUAGAAAAACUUGAUGAGCUAAGCUUAUAACAUAGUGGUUGAUCAAAUUGAUAGCCAUGUAAAAGAACAUUCCAUCAGUACUUAGUUGGUACUGAGGUAAAAUAUUUAAAGUAGGUUUUAGAGCAAAACUGCAAACUUUAACAAAACAACGGAAUUUUAUUACUUUAUUUUUCGAAACUAGAUAAUAUAUUCUUAGUAACCAAGGAGUUAGUUGACAAUAGACAAUCGUUUUGACAAAAAUAA